GAAAGGAGGAAGGAAGGAAGGAAAGGAGGAAGGAAGGAAGGAAGGAAGUAAAGAAGGAAGGAAGGGGGAAGGAAAAAGAGAGAAUCGGGUCGAAAUCGUCGGACAUGUGCGCGGCGCUGUGCUCGCAGGCAGCAGGGACGUGAUGGUACGUAGCUCGCGGCGUGCAAGUUAUCAGGAUUGCUCGCGGUCACGGGUUCGUGACGACCAUGGUGAGGAGUGCGACGGCGUGAGCGACGACAACGAGCGCGCUAUCGCGAGAGAGAGCCUCGGGGCGCCGCACGCCGACGGACGGAGCGGCGUUGCCACCUCUCUUCGCCCGCUGCACCGCGAGAAGCGAUACGGCAACCAAGAACACCGUCGUUGCCACGUCCGCUGCUACGUUCCGCUGCCAGCCGGGACGGCAGCUCGCUGCUGGCCACGGCGACCAUCUCUCUCGCUACGCUGCUGUUUCAGAAUCGACUAACGACAUGGAGGCAAAGGAGAGGGAGAAGCCGCUGGUUAAAGACUUGAACGAACAUAUCGUGUGUCCUCUCUGCAGAGGCUACCUCAUAGACGCAACGACCCUCGUGGAAUGUCUACAUUCUUUUUGCAGAGGUUGCAUAGUCAGAAGGUUGAGCAGUGGUGCCAGAGCGUGUCCCGUGUGCAAUGUCGCAACGUCUCCGCCGCUCUUGCCGGACGUAAAGCUACAACGACUGGUGUAUCUCGUAGUACCCGGCCUCUUCCGGUCGGAGCUCGAACGAAGGCGUCAUUUCCGGCUGGUCAAUCCGCAAUGCCCACCUUUAGCCCUUCCAUUGGGUGCUCUAGACUUAACCUUGGACGAUUUCGUCAGCCUGAGCUUGUGCGAGCUCGACGAACCGGAAGAGGAGGCGGUCGCUCGCGAGCCGGAGAACCGUGUCGGGUCACGACACCGAGCGAACAAUACCGAUCAAACGAAACACGAGGAGCCGAUCAAGGUUCGAAGCACGCGGUAUCUCAAGUGUCCGGCAGGAGUGACGGUUCGUCAUCUGGUGCGAUUGUUGAUGCUGAAGAGAGGAUGGGAGGAGGCGAAUUCUUACGGGGCGAUCGUCAACAAAAUCGAGAUUCUCUGCGAGAAGAGCGACGAGAACCGGCGCAAUAGCACGAAAACGAUGGUACUGGACCAAUCGUGGACUCUACUGGACCUCGCCUGCAUAUUCGGCUGGAAAAGAGAAGCACCCAUGAAGCUGUUUUAUCGCAUUACGCGCCGGGAGGCUAUUAUUCCUCAAUCGAGCGACAGUUCCUUCAACGACGAAACGACCGAGGAUACCGCGACCAUGGAAAAUAUUCAGAGGCCGCCGACACCACCGCCGAGCCCCAAGCCGCCGCAGGAGUGCGAAGUCGAGGCUCGUAGGAUUUUAGAAAGCAGCAACGUACCCCCUCGAUCCUUGAAGACCAAUUUGGAACGCGACAAGGAACCGAAGGCGAAGAAACCGAGGUGCAAAGUGACUCCGGUUAUGAGGACUCCUAAUCUCGUACCGAUACAAAACAAUCACGCACCUGAGAGUUCCAAGACCAAAGACCUGACGAAGCUGGAACACCACAAGCACAAGAAACGACGAAACAAACGAGUGAUCGCUGAGAUCACCACCACGCCGCGGGAGGAUCUAUUGAAACUGAAGGUUCGGUUGACCCCGUGUCCACCGAGAAUCACGUCGAGCAGCGCGACCGGCCAGGCAAAAGAGAAAUUGCUGCAGAUGAGAGCCGUUAGACGAGAAAAGAUCAAAGCGACGACGAUAAGUCAGCAACGAUCGACAGGCGCGUUGGUGGCUCCAGGGGAAGGUGCAGUUACGAAAGAGAACCUCGGAGAGACAGAGGAGACCAUCGAAGAAAUUAUAGACAGCAUACCCGACGAGGUCGUUCGAAUCGCACAAAAUAUAACUACUCCUCCGACGGAGGAUACUUCCGCCUCGGUCGAUAAGGUGGAUCAGAGAAGCAUACAGCAGAGUUGUAGACCAUCGUCGAAGAAGGAAGAAACUUUGCCGGAAAUCGUGAAAAGAGUGGAACAGGUCGAAUCAGAACGUCCGAAGAAGGACGAGGAGAUUCUUCGAAGAUUGGGUCUGGUAGCCGUGAACGAAGCCAGCGACAAUUUCCGGGAUAAAGCGAAGCAACGCGUGCAAAACAACGGGGAGAAGAUCGAUAACUUGAACAGAGAGAAACUCGAGAAACAAUUGCGCGAAAGUAAAGCGAAUCGUGUGAGAAGCUUGUUGGCUGAGAAACAGAUGCGCGACGCGUUGAAAACAAUGUCGAAGACGAAAGAGGAACAACAUGCUGCGCCCAUUCAGGUCAGCGCCCCUCCGAAAAAGAAAGGUCCGCCACCACUAGCGCCACUGCGCGUCGCCAAGCCUUCCGGGUUUGCCACGUCGAGCGCCAUUUUAGAACCGAACAAUUCCAAAUACGAGAUCCCACUGGAUCUAAGCAGCGGUGGAGCGGUUCACAAUAACGUUCUCGAUCUGUCUGCGAAUUUAUCGGUCGGUAAUUAUUCCUCGUCCCCUGCCUCUUCGUCGUCCUCUUCACCUUCGUCCUCUUUGUCGUCGUCGUCGUCGUCGUCGUCGUCGUCGUCCUCGUCCUCGUCAUCCUGUUCCCUGUCCUUGUUGAAACCAAGGCCAUCGCGACCAUCGAUCCCUACAGGAAACUUACUAAGAGGAAAAGCGAAAGACUUGGAGCAACGACGAGGUCAAGACUCCAAUCUAGUGACACUUUCCGACGCGGCUGUGUCCCUGUUAAGCGGCUGCAUCACCGACGAGAAUUCGAUCGAUCCUUUGGUACUCAGCUCUGCCAACCUCGCCAGCAAAGUCGCUCUGCGAAUACCGCAACCUCAUCAAAGAAUCUCCGGUUUCGGAAUGAAAAUCAAACCAAACUUGAGUAUCAGGCACAUUCCUAAUCCUCAGGCUGUGGUCGCGUCGCAAUACAGGAAUCAAAGAGUCAGUUACUUCAAUUCUGCCUCGCAACAGCCACCGUAAUUCUUUCUCCGCUAACAGUACGAGCUAUCCUCCUGUGUAUCCUCCAUUCUUUUCACCACUUCCUAUGGUAAUAGCCAACAAUCUGGUCGGUGUCUCUGACUUUUGUCCAACUUUAAAAAUCGUUACCGAGAAUGAGCAAACUAUCGCGACAAAGAUUUUAUUUUUAUUUUAUUUUUAUGCACUCGUCCAUUGCAGCUAAAGCGAUAAAGUUGUCGACGAGAAGCGUCCUCUCCGAUGAUUUUCGAACGUGUUA